UUCUGGAUGAGAACAGCAGGCCCAGGCCAGAAGUGGCACCAUGUCUGAAUGGAGGUGCCUCGGCCGUGCCAGUGUAUUGCUGACCAUUCUCCUAGACCUAACACACCAGGGACCCCAUGGCUCUGCCUCGCCAACCAGCAAGUUGUUGAUGACGAGCUAUUCCAUACGUUCCACGGUGGUGUCGCGUUAUGCGCACACUCUGGUCACCUCUGUUCUCUUCAAUCCACACGAUGAAGCCCAUGAAGCCACCUUUGACCUGGAUCUUCCUCGCAUCGCCUUUAUCUCCAAUUUCACAAUGACCAUCGACAAUAAAGUCUAUGUUGCAGAAAUCAAGGAAAAACACCAGGCAAAGAAAAUCUAUGAGAAAGCCUAUCAGCAAGGAAAGACAUCAGCUCAUGUAGGCGUGAGGGACCGGGAAUCAGAGAAAUUUCAAAUCUCCACUAGGCUGGCAGCAGGUACAGAGGUAACUUUUGUCCUGGCCUAUGAGGAACUUCUACAACGACAUCAGGGCCAGUACCAGCUGAUGGUAAGCCUGAGACCUGGACAGCUGGUGAGGAAGCUGACUGUAGAAAUCGCUGUGUCUGAGAGGACGGGCAUUGCCUAUGUGCAUAUACCUCCACUGAGGACCAGCCGAGCGAGCACCAACAACCAAACAAGUGAGGGUGACAUGCCCCCAUCUACCAGGAUAAAGAGGGCAGAGACCUGUGUCCACAUCACCUUCUCCCCAACACUGCAAGACCAGUCUGCCUUCUCCAGCUCAGGCAUCAUGGCUGACUUCACAGUCCAGUAUGAUGUGGUCAUGGAAGACAUCAUUGGAGACGUGCAGGUACCUGGACCUGGGACAUGCAGAAUUCAUUGGUAAAUACCUUUCAAGUUUGUGGCGCUCAAGUUUUCUCUCAUCUCCUUCAUCCUUAUCCCACAGACUAAAAAGGCCAUGAACACAAUCCUCAGUGACAUGCAAGCCAGCGACUACUUCAACAUCAUUUCCUUUUCUGACAAAGUUAACAUCUGGAAAGCCGAAGGCUCAAUCCAGGCCACUGCCGAAAACAUUCAUAGUGCCAGGAACUACCUGAGUCGCAUGGAAGCAGAUGGCUGGACCGACAUCAACGCAGCUCUGCUGGCAGCUGCUUCAGUGCUGAACCAUAGCAACCAGGAGCCUGGAAAGGGCCGUGGUGUGGGGCAGAUUCCUCUUAUCAUGUUCCUGACAGAUGGGGAGCCCACAGCCGGCGUGACAACUCCCAGUGCGAUCCUUUCCAACAUCCGUCAGGCAUUGGGCCACAGGGUAUCUCUUUUCAGUUUGGCCUUUGGGGAUGAUGCGGAUUUCUCACUACUGCGCCGGUUGUCCCUGGAGAACCGGGGAGAAGCAAGACGCAUAUACGAGGACACCGACGCCGCUCUGCAGCUAGAGGGUCUCUAUGAGGAGAUUUCCAAGCCUCUACUGGCAGAUGUGCGCCUGGACUAUCUGGGUGGUUUGGUUGGGACCUCCCCUAGGGCCCAUUUCCCUAACUAUUUUUGUGGUUCAGAGCUGGUGGUGGCUGGCAAGGUGCAACAAGGUAAGCAGGAACUGGGUGUCCACCUAGCAGCCCGUGGCCCCAAUGGUCAACUUCUUGUGGCCCGCCAUAGUGAAGAAGCCACCAACAGCAGCCAGAAGGCCUUUGGUUGCCCGGGGAAACCUGCCCUCAAUGUGGCCCACUUUAUCCGCCGCCUGUGGGCCUAUAUCACUAUUGGGGAGCUGCUGGAGGCACGCUUCCAAGCCCGGGACCCUACCACUCGCCGACUGCUGGCUGCCAAAGCCCUCAACUUAUCCCUUGAAUACAACUUUGUCUCACCUCUGACCUCACUGGUUGUGGUACACCUCGGGAAGACCAAUGAGGGAUCCAGGAGCCAGUCAUCCACGACAGCUGAGGCAAGCAGAGUCACACCCUCACCCAGCAAAAGUCUUGGCCUGGGAGUAGGCACAGCUCAACCACCCUCGGUCCUCAAGGUCUCUCCCAAAUCAAAGCCCAUGAAGCCCAACUCAACUGUUACUGCCCCUAAAAGGAAGAUGCCCAGUUCCAAGGAGCUGGGGGCACUAAGCCAGACCUCUAAUGCCCUGCCAACAUCAGUACAACCAAAGCCCCAAAUUCCAACCCAAGAUUCCAGUACCUUGGCACUGCCAACUUUGAAGAUGAAACCUAUUGCCCCUGUGCCUUCAAGUUCUAAUGCCCUGUUACCUCUGAAGCCCAGCACUCCAUCACACCAGAAUCCUGGUGUGACAUCGCUUGUUAGUUCUAGGACACGUGUCCUAACUCUGAACCCUGUCAGCCCCACCCAGCCCAAAAGUGACACUAUGAAGCAUUUUAAUCCGUUUACUCCUUCUGAAUUUCCGGCUUCAUCAGAUGCUCAGCCUACACCUGAUUCCCCAUCAUACCCUCAACCUGGGGAACCCAUAGCACAGUCACCCCAAAGCCUGCCACAGCCCAAGUCUGUCUCCACAUUUCAGAUAGCCAAACACCCAUUACACCUCAGCUCCAAAGGUCUUGCUCCCAAGACUCCCCCAAAUUUACCAGACCCUAGAUCUGGGAUCAUCUUGCCCAAGUCUCCUAAAAUCCCUUCAUCUCUUAAACCUAAUAUCUCAUCUCACCAAACCUCUACUAGCUUACUACUUUCCAAGUCCAGAACCCCAACUCCCCAUAACACCCAAAUUCCACUCCCUGCCAGACCCAGGGCAGUAGUUCUUCAAAGCCUCGACGCAUCCUCAAGCACACUUUCAAGUUCCACAAGUCCCAGCAGUACUGUGGCCACGUCUCUUCCUGGGGAACCUCUCCCUUCUCCCUUUACCCCUACUCUGACCUCUCUGCUUCCUGCUGCAAGACUCUGGCAUCAGCAAGACUCGCUGCUGGGACCCAAGAGCACCAGCACUCUCCCUGAGGCCAUCAGCCUUCAUCUUCUCCCAGAGAAGCUCCAGCUGCUGCCAGAGUCAGUGAUAGAGUCCAAGUUCGUGGAGUCCUUGAACCCACCAGUUUUCUAUACCUUCCUCACUCCUGACAAAGACGGAAGUCCACACUGGAAUGGCAAUUCUGAGAGAAUCCCGGGAGGAGCUGAACGUGAUAUGGACUCUAAGGAAAGUUCCAUGGAGCUAGUAAAAGGCACAUUGCCAGGCAUCUUCACCUUCUCGUCCUUUGUGGAUGGGGAUCCCCACUUUGUGGUCCGCAUUCCUCACUCAGGAGAGAAGAUCUGCUUCACACUGGAUGGGCGCCCAGGGGACCUACUGCAACUCAUAGAGGACCCUAAGGCAGGGUUGCAUGUGAGUGGCAAGUUGCUUGGAGCACCGCCAAGACCAGGCCACGAGGACCAGGCCCGUACAUACUUCCAGAUCAUCACAAUCACUUCAGAUAAACCCCGGGCCUACACUAUUACAGUAAACCGCAGUUCCAUAUCUGUGCAUGGUGAGGGCACCUUGAUCUUACCCUGGAACCAGCCUGCCCUGGUGAAGAAGCCCCAGCUGAAGCUCCAUGUGGCUUCUGCAAACCAUCUCACCAUCCAAUUUGGGCCCCACCUCAACUUCCUCAUCCUUCGUCAUCACUACAGACACCCUAGCAUACUACAACUACCCCAUUUGGGGUUUUAUGUGGCCAAUGGCUCAGGCCUCAGCCCCUCAGCCCGUGGCCUGAUGGGACAGUUUCAGCACCCAGGCAUCCGGCUGGUAACAGGACCUACUGGGUCUUAUUUACAGAAGCACCAUGGCCCAGAUGUGCCAGUGGUACUAGGCAAGAAGCUGCUGAAAGAGUCAUCAAGGCUUCGUCCGCGCUGGACUUCAUGCUGGCUGGUGAAACGCUCUCAUGUCGAACAGCUGCUGGGCCAGCCCUACCUUGCCUAUGUUCUGUGAUGACUCUUGUACCUAGAGCCAGGAGAUA